ACAGUCUGCGUGGUUAGCAGAUCACAUUAAACUUAACAUUGAGAUGAGGAAGAAGGCUGGGAACGAUUUUGAGAGGGAUUUCUUUAAGCUGAUGAAUAACGCUGUAUUUGGGAAAACUAUGGAAUCAAAACGCAAGCAAAUGAAGAUAGAGCUAGUGUCGUGUGAGAGGAGGUUGCAGAAGUUGAUCAAUAAGACUACAUUUAAGCACUGUACUAGGUAUAAUGAUAACCUCAACGCUGUGGAGCUUGAGAACAAAAUUAUUAAAUUUGAUAAACCAAUCUAUAUCGGAUUUGCAGUGCUUGAUAUUAGUAAAACACUGAUGUACGACUAUCAUUUCAACAUUAUGAAAAAACACUAUGGAGAUAAUAUUAAGCUAAUGUACACCGAUACAGAUUCUCUAGUGUAUCAUAUCAACACGAAAGAUUUUUUUGAGGACUUAGCCAUCAACCCGAAUUUGUUAGAUCGAAUGGAUACAUCCGAACUGCCAAAAGACCACCCUUGUCGUAUAGCCGAGCGUAAAAAUAUCCCAGGUCUAUUUUCCGACGAGACCAAGGGUGCUAUAAAUACCGAAUUCUGUGCGUUGAGAACGGAUUAA